UUAACUUUUGCGUGAGAUGCGACAGCCCUCGAUGUUAUCAAACUGGUAUUUUCCACGUGAAAAAUUCGAAGGGUCGUAUGAAGUCAAAGCGACUCGAAAGGAUUCGCGGGAUUUGCUAACGAUGCUAGCACCGCAGUGUGGCCAUGAGGAAUACUAAAACAUGUAGGUUGGAUUUUUGUUGGACUGAUGGUGAACCGAUGAACCAAACGAAAAGGUGGGAUCUCAAAAACAAAAUGAACGAAAUGGGGCGAAUUCCAGAAUUAUUCCAAAUUAUGCACUCCGGAGAUCAAGAAUGGCCUGGUUACAAAGAUCCUGAUGAUGAUGAUGCUCCAGUACCCCUACUCAUAGCAGAGAUAUUUCGUCUUGUUCCCUAUAUCGGAGAGCAAUAUAUACAAUUUCAUCCAAAAAAUAUGCCUGAAGUCAAAAUCGAUAGGAUUGAAGUUAUCGGCAUUGUUACAAACAUAGCACCUGUUAACAAAUUUCUCUCUUAUACAGUUGAUGAUGGCACGAGUGCUAUAUCUGUUUUAUGUUGUAUAAGAAAAUUGAACAGAACAGAAUUACAAGAAUCAGAGUAUAGGCAAAAUGAGCCCACUGGUUCUACUGAAGACAAAUCUAGCUCACCUGAAAAGAUACCCAAAUCACAGCUCUCAUGUGAAAUUGGGGUUGAACCACCUUCUUCUUAUGACAGACAUAUCAGAAAUUUGUGGAAACGCGCAAUGAAAGAAAAGGUGCUUGACGAAAUUGAAAUUUAUGACUAUGUUCAUGUUCUUGGUUAUAUUUCCAUGAAUUUUCGAAAUUAUGAUAUCAAUUCAUUAAAGAAAGGGGAUAUACAACUUGGAAAACUGAUCAUAUUCGGAUUGGAUCUACGUAGACUAAGUGAAAGCCAACAUAAUUUCAUGUCCAAGAAAUUGAUAACUCGUAUAGCUAAGGAGAGAUACGUCAAGCUAGAGGAUUGACAGUAUUUUCAGCCAAUUUUCAACUCUGAUCCACUAACCAAAAGGAGGCCUCUAAUACGGAAGCCCGAUGAGGCAUCUAAACAACUCUGUGUGUGGACCACCGAACUAUGCCCUCAUCGCAACGCAUCUUGCAUAUCUUGUCAGGCUUUCGUGACCAGGUACCGUAGGCUUACGCCCUCUCACUGGUCCCGUCAACCAGUAUUUUGAACUAGCAGCACUUGAAACCCCCCUCGGACUUAGGGGUGUAUACCGACUGCAGUUAAUGUGUUCAUCGAUAAAUCAACCGGUCACAUCCGGGAAAGUCAUUUCCGUACUUACCCUCUGGGAAGUAGGGGUAAUAUAAGAUUAUUUUGAAUAAGGAGAUCACAAAUGAUAAACUCCACCAACGACUCAACUUCUGGAAUAACAAAAAAGUUAUAACAGAUAAGUCAACAAAAAUACUCCAAAGCAUACUUAGUAACAAAUUUUAUAUUCAUAGACAAUCAAUUUUAGAGAUAAGUUUUUUUAGACACGAAUAGGAUAUCGUCCUCUAAAACGAUCCUUACUCUGUAAGAGUCGGAGUUACAUGUGUUUAUAUCAAAUGGUGCCUUUUUAUUUCACGUUCACCAAACUUGGAUGAUGAAUUAAAUUUGUGAAGUUUGAAUAUACAUUGUUCAUUUACACCCAUGAGUAUAAAAAAUUUGUUUCUGUAAUAACAUCCAAUUUUUAGGACCAUAGUAUUAACAAUAAGAACCACCUGAAAUGACGCGUUUCCAAACCACCUUCAAUAAGGUAGCGUCCUCGGCUCGUUUCGAUUUUCUUCCUAAUUGUAAGUGAAAUCAGAAAGCAAACUGCAUUAGUAGCCAGAGACAGCCUGUAUCCAACAUCUGAUUAGCAUUAAAAGUCAAAACUAAACCCUAACAUCUGAAAGAAAUUUUCAUAAGUUUCAAGACUAUAGGGACCUAUAAUUUUGAUUAGUGUCUCAAAAAUAAUCGCGUGAAAGUCAAGUUAUACUACGCACAAAAAGGUGCCACAGUAUACCUG